AUGGCCAGCCAAGGCAAUCCCGGCGAGAUCGCCAACGGCCAUACCAACGGCCACGCCAAUGGCCACGCCAAUGGCACCGCCAACGGCACCGCCCACGGAUCCCAGCAGCAGGGCUCCGACGACGCUGAAGGCGGUGGCAGCUCCUCGGCCAGCCGCUACAGCCAGUCGCAGUACGCCGAGGCGAUAGCGAACCCUCUGCCCGAGCUCGCGGUCGUGUCGGUGCCGGAGCCCGUCUCGAACCUCGCCCAGAUGGACUGCGACGAUGCGGCGUCCACGCGCCCUGUCGUGCAACCUGACGACAUUGGCGACCGCCGCGGCUCGGCCGUCGUGUACGCCGGCGAGAAGCCCUCCUGUUGGCGCAAGUACCGGACCCCCGUCAUCAUCGCUCUGGUUGUUGCUGUGCUCGUCCUGAUUGCCACUGUCGUCGGCGUGGUGGUUAGCAACAACAACAAGGACCGUUCGGUUGGUGCUGGAAGCGGUUCCAGCCACCUCGGCUACAGCUACCUCGAUGACUGGCAGCUCGUCAAUCUCUACAAGCUCUUCGGCCACUGCAACUCACUCUUCAGUGCGUUCUAUGGUUACCAUAUCCGUUUCCGUAUUUCCGUCUUCAUCAACGUCGCCGUCUUCGACGGGGACCGUCUCUGUAUUCCCUACCCCUGCGACAUCAUCCCCUUCUAUCAGGGCGCCAUCAAGGCCAUCCAGCCAGGUGACGCCCCUUCCCCAGUCCCCAGCGAGUGCGCUGACUCGUCCGAUUUCCUCACCUCUGUGUCGUUCAUGGGAGUCAAGGGUGCGCCAGGCAACGGCGGCUGGACGACCAGCUACUACGGCGCGAGCGACUCCAAGGAUUGCUGCGCCCAUUGCUUCAAGAGUGUUUCUGCCGGCUGCAACUCGUGGGCCUACAUGCCGAGUGGUGGCUUCGUUGGCACGUCGUGUGCCAUGAUCACGGGCUGGGAUACCGGCGACGACAAAGACUCGACCUGUCCGUCGGGGCACGGCGCGACUGUCUACUUUACUCGAGACUCAGACAAUUCUAGUGAUGUUGGUGCUGCUGGCCCCUGUGGGGUCAUCGCCGACUAG